AUGGAUCCAGUAACUGCUCAUGGUCGACAUCUUCCUCCUCCUUUUCACACUAGAGAUCUCCAGCUUCACCACCAUCAACAGUUUCAGCAACACCAGGCUACCCAUCACCAUCAGCAGCAGCAUCAACAACUACUGCAGCAGCCGAAUUCGGAUGAGGAUGAGCAAAGUGGUGGAAGUAGCAGCCUCAAUAACCAUGGCGGCCAAAAGAGAGAGCGUGAAGACAACCAUAAUGAUGGUAAUAGAGAGUUGGCGUCUGUAGUAACCGGUGAUGGAGAUCAUAGUAGCGGUGGUGGUGGUGGUUCUAGACGGCCUCGUGGCCGUCCAGCUGGUUCAAAGAAUAAACCUAAACCACCUAUUAUUAUCACUAGGGAUAGCGCUAACGCGCUAAGGUCCCAUGUGAUGGAGGUGGCUAGUGGGUGUGAUAUUCAAGAAAGUAUAUCGAACUUUGCGACAAGGAGACAAAGAGGGGUGUGUAUUUUGAGUGGUAGUGGCACGGUCACCAAUGUUACAUUAAAGCAGCCAGCAGCCCCGGGGGCUGUCGUGACACUUCAUGGGAGAUUUGAAAUCUUAUCUUUAUCAGGUUCCUUUCUUCCUCCUCCAGCUCCACCUGCCGCUUCAGGAUUGACCAUCUACUUAGCUGGUGGUCAAGGACAGGUGGUUGGAGGAGGAGUGGUGGGGCCUCUAUUAUCAGCAGGCCCCGUGGUAAUCAUGGCAGCAUCUUUCGGGAAUGCUGCUUAUGAAAGACUUCCCCUUGAAGAAGAAGAAACUACACCCGGCUCAGGGAAUGGCCCUCUAGGAUCACCUACUGGUAUUGGUAGCCAACAACAACAAGCCUUGAAUGAUGCAAAUCCAUCUUUAUUCAAUGGAUUGCCUCCUAAUCUGCUAAAUUCUAUACAAGUGCCUACGGAUGCUUAUUGGGGUGCUAAUCGUCCCCCUUUCUGAACCGAAGAAAUAAUGUAACUGAUCUUUCGUACGUCUCAUCUUAUUUUAUCUUAAUAUAUCACCAUUGCAGUCCCCUUCUCUUUUCGGAUUUCGUAGGAAUUAAUUAGUUGUGUU